AUGGAAGACUAUUCACCAUUUUCCGUAAGCAUUCUACGAUCCGACGAUUAUGAAACAAGUCACGAAGAUUAUAGUCCGACCGUGGGAGAUGAAGAAAUUGAUCAUCCUUUCGCUAAUAUUUUACCUGACUUCUCGGAGAAAUUAGGUUCUCUUUUCAAUGGACUGACAAAUUCGAUGAUAAAAGGAAAAAAUAAAUUAAUAAAUAAUGAGGGUAACAGAGAAAUUAAUAAUAAUAAUAAUAAUCAAGAAAUAAAUAAUCUUAAUGAUUUAGACACAAAUAACGGCAAAAAUAACAGAAAGAAAAUGGUUACUUUCACUGUCGAACCUGAAAGUAGCAUAGAACCAUCUUCUCCAAUUUCAUAUAGCUUUGCUUUUGGUGGCGGUAAUAGUAUUAGUGGACGUAGAGGUCUUCGUAAAUUGGUUAGUGGGUUAUCGAAUUCUUCCAGAUCAUCAUUAAUUGAAGUCAAUGAGUAA